CAGCAGGGGUGCGAUGAGAACAGAUCCCAUCGUCACGGGAUGAACGUUUCGAUUUCAUUCGAGCCACUAUUCCCGAAGGCGGGGCAGAGACAGCACUGUUGACCUUCAGAAGGAAAAGAGGGAAAGACCCAAUAGAAAGAUUGCUGAGCAGAGGAGAACAAGGGAGGCAGGGAGGAAAAAGGGGAAAGAAAGGAGUUGAGAAAAGAGGUUAAAGAUUGGAGGGAGAGAAAAUCUUGCUGAGAGUGAAGUGACAGCUAGAGGAUUCAUCAAACGAGGGCAGGAACCAGCAACAGGCAAACAUGUGGCAGAUAGAGCGCAGAUACCAUAGCAAUGCAGUGACGGCUCCAGUCGCUGGUUUCCUUUGAGCUCCCUGGGGUUUUUAGUCUGUUUCUCUCAUCACGACUCCCAGGUUCAGCUUUAAACAGCAGAGCUUUUAUUCAAGUGCAUAGCUACCUGACCAUGAGAGCUGGGCUUGCAUACUGCUCUCUUCUUAUCCUUCUCAUGAUCACAGAUGUCUGGGGCCAGCGAAAGCCAAAACCAAAGCCCGCCCGUCCACCUACCACCAAGAAACCUCCUGUUCCCAAAAAACCACCUUCCUCACCUGGACCAAGACUAGAGCCAGAGCCUCAAGAGCCCACCGAUUUCCCCCCUCCAAUCCUAGGUCCUCCCUCUGAAUUUCCAGACUGUCCCAGAGAGUGCUUCUGCCCCUCAUCUUACCCAAAUGCCCUGUACUGUGAAAACCGCAACCUCCGGAAGGUCCCGAUCAUCCCACCCCGUACCCACUAUCUUUACCUACAGAACAACUUCAUUGAUACAGUUACUGCAGAGUCCUUCAACAACUGCACUGAGCUUAAGUGGAUAAAUCUGGAAAACAACCGCAUUCGUUCAGUGGAGAAGCAAGUUUUUGAGAAGUUGCCAAGCCUGCUUUAUCUUUAUAUGGAAAGGAAUGGACUUAAGGAAGUCCCUAAUGAUCUUCCGGCUGGUCUGGAGCAGCUUCGACUCAGUCACAAUGAGAUUUCGAAGAUUCCUCCUGGAGCAUUUAACAAGAUGGAGCAUCUCGCGCUUCUAGACCUGCAUCACAACAAGAUUAGUGACAGCAGCUUGGGCAAGAACAUCUUCAAGGAUCUCAAGAACUUGGUUCAGCUUAACCUUGCCCAUAACAUCCUUAGGAAGAUGCCAACUAGUAUACCGAAUAGCAUCUUCCAGCUAUUCUUAGACAGAAAUAACAUUGAGGAGAUUCCAAACGACUAUUUCAAGGAUUUUACAAACUUGGCUUUUCUGAGACUUAACUACAACCAGCUCAGUGACAAAGGCGUUCCCAAAAUGGUGUUUAACGUGAGCUCACUGUUAGAUUUGCAUUUGGCCCAUAACCAGUUGACCACCAUUCCAACAUUCAACUCUGAGCUGGAGCAACUUCACCUCAAUAACAACAAUAUUGAGAGUGUGAAUGGCACGGAGAUCUGCCCCAACCAUUCUCAAGACCUCAAUGAUGAGAACAGUGCACCCAGACUGAGAUACCUGCGGCUGGAUGGGAAUCACCUGAGUCCUCCUGUGCCUCUGGAUGUCAUCAUGUGUUUCAGACACCUUCAUGCUAUAGUAAUAUAGACGGUUUCAGUGGCAAAAACAUAAACAAACUGCUUUUGUGGACCAAACUUAACUUCCGGUAGACCUCCACAUAGAGUCAAUAACAACAUAUUCUUUCUAGAGCAGAUUAUUUAUGAUAACAAAGCAACAUAACUAUAGCAAAUGACCUUAGUGCAAACUAAAGCGUAUUACACUGAGCUAACAUAACUGUGUAAAAUCAAGGUUAGUUACACAUCCUUAAAUUCUUGCCUGGCUGCCAAAUCCACACAGUGAUGAUCAUGGGCGGACAGGCCAUUUGACAGAUCUGACAAUUUCCCGGUGGGCCCACAGACUUUUUGGGCUGAUACAUUUCAUACUGUUUUAUCUGGCCAGUCCAUAACACUUGUACAUUGUGCAUCGCUGCAUAUUUCUUUUUUGCUUAAUUCAUUGAUGGCUCUGUGGUCAGCUGUGUCAGGCUUUUUUUUUCAUUUUAAUCAAAAAAGUUAACGUAAGAUGUUUUUGUUUAAUUUCACGUGCAGAUCUUAUAACUUUGGGUUUUUAUGCAUAGUCAAGGUUGCACAAAGAUGGGUGGUUUUUGUGAUGCUAUGUACAGUAGUGGGCCAGUCUGGGCCAAAAUGCCAGGGCCGAUUUUUUGUCCCAGUCCAGUCCUGGUGAUGAUCCAUGCUCACUGCAUUCCUUGACUUUCGAAAACCGAGAUUUUUUUUAUGUUCAACAAGGUAUUUGUUCCAUAUACGUAUAGUAACUAGACCAAUAAACAAGCAAAGACCGGAAGUUAACUUCGGGACAGACGCGUAACCACUGCAAUGCGCACAUGUCCGAUGAAACCAGAGGAAUAGAGGACAUUAGGAGUUGUGAACAGAAACAUGCAUGCCUGAGAUCGGGCAUUCCUGUCUACUUGACUGUACUGAUUGAAUCAAACAGUACCACCGAAUAAAUGCCAAUGCAUUGUUCUUCUAUGUUCAGAAAUGUUUUAAUGUGUAACCUUCAAUACACCAUAUUUAUUGAAUUGCUGCCUUGAAUACAAUUGAGCAUGAGUAUUCUGCAUUCUGCCUUUUUAUGUUUAUAUGUGAUUAAACGCAUGCCGCAGCAAUGGCUAUGAGUGGAUUAAAAUAAACCAUAAAAAUAAAGGUACAUUAACUGACUGUACUGUGUAGUUACAACUAACUAAAAACGUGUAAGAGGUAUCUCUGUAAGGGUGGAUAGGAGAUGCGUGAACUACUGUGUAGUUGAUGAUGUCUUUUAAAGGGAUAGUUCACCCAAAAAUGAAAAUUCUGUCAUUAUUUACUCACACUCAUGUUGUUACAAACCUGUAUUCAUUUCUUUGUUUUGAUGAACACAAAGGAAGAUAUUUUGAUAAAUGUUUGUAACCAAACUGGGUGAUUAUGGGCCCCAUUCACUUCCAUAUUAGGAAAAAAGAAAACUAUUGAAGUAAAAUUUACUUCCAUGUCGCUCGUGAUCGAUUUGGUUACAAAUAUUGCUCAAAAUGUUUUCUUUUGUGUUCAUCAAAACAAAGAAAAUAAUACAGGUUUGUAAAAACCUGAGAGUGAGUAAAUGAUUUUUGGGUGAACUAUCCCUUUAAUGUACCUGUGUUUUUAAGGUACUGUGCGCAGUACUGAUCAAUAUUUCUAUACAAAUAAAUGUUCUGUUACAAAAUAU